AUGGUAAUUCUCGUCACUGGAGGAGCCGGCUUUCUCGGCUGUCACCUGGUCGAGCUACUACUCAACAACAACCACGAAGUUGUCGUUCUUGAUUCUUUAUGGACUGGAUCAUACAGUACCCUUGACAAAUUUAAAUCAGACAAGAGAUUGCGAUGUAUCCAGUCUGACGUGCGAGAUCCUCUACCAUGGAUAGAUGGUGUCGAGCAGAUCUACCACCUUGCAUGUCCUGCCAGUCCCGUGCAUUUCGAGACCCGUCCGAUAGAUAUCUUGCAAACUUGUUUCAAUGGAGCUUCUAAUGUUUUGGAUUAUGCAGUGAAGCACAACGCUCGGGUACUUCUAGCCAGUACUUCAGAGGUUUAUGGCGACUCACAAGUCCCGUGUCAAUCUGAAGACUACAGAGGCAAUGUCAACUGUUUUGGGCCUCGUUCCUGUUAUGAUGAAGGCAAGAGAGUUGCGGAAGCACUCGCAUACGCCUAUCAAGCUGAGCAUGGUCUCGAAGUCCGCAUUGCACGAAUUUUCAAUGCUUAUGGCCCGCAUAUGGAGCCUGAAGACGGCCGCGCCGUUCCCAAUUUCAUCAUGGCCGCUUUGAAGCGUGAGCCAAUAACCAUAUUCGGAGAUGGCCACGCAACCCGAUGCUUUCAAUUUGCGGAGGACUGCGUUAGGGGGUUAGAAGCAUUGAUGAAUAGCGACUACCACGGCCCGGUCAAUAUCGGCAGUGAUCUCGAGAUGGAAAUCAGCGAGAUUGCAGAUAUAAUAUCGCGCGUCGUUGCUAAUAAAACAGGGCAGAAGGAUCCUGUGCCAGUCAAUUUGCUACCGAAAAGAGAGGAUGAUCCCAUCAGGCGAAAGCCUGACACGAGUCUCGCUGAACGUGUUCUAGGGUGGAAACCGAGAGUCUCGUUGGAGGAUGGAGUGUCUGCGACUAUAGAUUGGUUUAUUCAGAGGGAGAAUGAGAAUGGUAUGGUUAGCAGACUUUGA